AUGCUGAGAGUUGCUGCUGAUGUUAGCAUGGAGCAAGAAAACUUGUCUUCUAAAAAUGAGGACGUUCUCAGCUGGGAUAUUAAUGACGUCAAACUUCCCAAGGAUGUGAAACAGAUAGACUGGUUUCAGGAAUGGCCUGAUUCCUACAUAAAAUACAUCUACAGCGCAGAUGAUAAAAAUGCUCAGAGGCACCUGAGUAGCUGGGCCAUGAGGAACACCAACAAUCACAACUCGCGCAUAUUGAAAAAAUCCUGCCUUGGUGUCGUGGUCUGUGAUAGUGAUUGCUCCACUUCGGACGGAAGGAAGUUGUACCUGAGACCAGCCAUAUGUGACAAAGCCAGGCAGAAACAGCAAAGGAAACCAUGUCCUAAUUGUAAUGGACCUUUGAAAUUGAUCCCAUGUCGAGGCCAUGGUGGAUAUCCUGUAACAAAUUUCUGGAGACACGAAGGACGGUUCAUAUUUUUUCAGUCAAAGGGAGCUCAUGAUCACCCAAGACCAGAAACCAAAUUGGAAGCAGAAGCAAGAAGGUCAAUACAAAAAGCAUAUAUUUCAAUUUCUCCAAGACUGAAGAGGAACAGAGAGAUGGAGUCCUUGACAGGAGAGAUGCAAAGUGAUGAUACUUUAUUGUUAAUUGUUCCCAAACACGAAGAGCGAAUAUCACACAGUAGCUUCAAUGGAUACUUCAGAGAGAACCCAACUCAAGAGCUAAAUAAUUGCUUGACUUUCACCAAAGGCUUCAGUUCCGGAAAGUUGCCCUAUGUAUUGGAGCACACUCAAGAUAUGGGCUACAGCAAAUACUUGGACAUGUGUAAGCCAGUUGGAAGUGGUGAAUAUGAUGGUGGAGACCCAGUGGAAUUGUUAGCUUCCGAUUGUUCUGAAUACGGGGAACCGGAAAGCUGGAAUCAAAACCUUAACUUAGGAAGGCAUCUUCCAUAUGUCAGUGGCUCUACUACAGUUCUGCCAUGUCUACCCAGCGAGACACUAUCUUCCUUUAACACAGUAGAUUUAAGUCCCCAGCAUGUUCCUAGUAGGUGGGAAUCCUCAAUGAAGGUUGGUUACCACUCCUUCAGAUCUCCUGAGAAUAUACUUGGGGAAGAUAUAUCUGAAAUCAAAGCACCCCUGUUUUGUAACAGUAACCAUUCCUUUUGCCAGCUGUCUCCAGAGGACCCUUACCUCGCUGGAGACACUGCCCAUCACUAUUACCAGAAUUCCUUGCCCCUCAAAAGGAAUGAGUGGCCCAGCGAGGAAGACCCAAAGUAUACAAAUCUCGACCACUGCAACAAUGAUAAGUUUUUCAACUUCUUUCCUUUGCGGUGA